AUGUUCCUCCUCCGUAAAAUCUCCCACAAACCCCGAAAUUCCCAACCCAUCCUCACCGUCGCCGCCCGUCUCUUCACAAGUCCCGUAAAUUCUAUUCCCGAUGAGCCCACCUCCGCCCAUUACGACCUCCUGGUCAACGCCGCCGGCGAAUCCAGAGACUUCGACAACCUCCACCACCUCCUCACCAAGCGCGUGAAGGACCACUGCUUCAACACCGUCAACACUUUCAAGUUCAUCACCAACUCCGAGGCUUCCCUCUCCCUCCUCCCCAAGCUCUCCCAGACCCUCGCGCGUCUCCCCAAAGGCUUCACGCGCAAGUGCGCGUACGAUGCUCUCAUUUCCCGCCUCUGCAAGCUGGGGCGCGUCGAGGAGGCGCUGCGCGUGGUGGAGCUGAUGGCGCGUGAGGAUUACGGCCUCAACGCGUGUAGCUUCCACGCGAUUCUGAAUCUGCUUACCAAGAAGCAGAGGAACAUGGCAGAGGCGCGGCGCGUGGUGGAGCUGAUGAGGAAGUCCGGGGCCCCGCCGGAUCUGACGUCGUAUAAUUAUCUUCUCAUGGGGUAUUGCUUCUCCGGCGAUUUGGCUCAGGCGGCCGGAAUUUUGAGUGCUAUGGAGGAGGAGGGGCUGAGGGUGGACGCGCGUACAUACGACGCGCUGGUGCUCGCCGCGUGCAAUGCGGGGAAGUUGGACGGGGCUAUGGUGCUGCUGAGGAGGAUGGCGGACGAUGGAGUGCCGGUGCUGCUGUCGACCCACGUGUACGUUGUUAAUUCGCUGCUGAGCCGCGGAUUUUACGAGCAAGCGGUUAAGUUUGUGAGGGGUUUUAGCGGGAAGGACACGUGGUUGGAUACGGAGGCUUUUGGGAGAUUGGCUGUGAAGCUCAUUAAGCUCGAGAGGUUUGGUGAGGCGAAGGAGGUUUUGGAUGAGAUGCGUAAAAGGGGUUUAGUUAUUGUAGAUCAAUUGAAGGAUUAUGAAUCAAAGAUUACAAAUAAGAAAUAUUAGUUUAUAGUGUUUUUAGGAUUAUGAAUCAAAGAUGUGACCAUCUUUACAUUAU